AUGCAGGCCAGAAUAGCGGCCAGUACCAGGACGGUGGAGGAGGAUGUCAUGUUGGAAGUCCCUAGGGAUUUUCGACCUUUCUCGGAAGCCAUAGAGGCCAAGACCAUCCCCAAGGAUCAUCGGAUACCCCAAGUCGAGCCUUUUGAUGGAACGCAGGAUCCUAGUCAGCAUUUGACAGAUUUUCAAGCUCAAAUGUUGAUCUAUGGAGGGAACAUGGAAGUCCGUUGCAAAUUGUUCAUGGGCACACUCAAAAAGGCAGCACUUGAUUGGUUUAGUGGUCUCCCUGACCGAUCAAUCACCGACUUCGAUGUUUUCAGUCGGCUCUUCAUGGCACAAUUCGCCGCCAACAAGAAGAAACCACCGAUUACGUCGAACUUGUUCGACCUCAAGCAGCAACGUGAGGAGUCGCUGAAGGACUUUCUACAAAGGUUCAAUGAGGUCGCCUUAAGGAUAGCGUCGUUGGAUGAAAGGAUAGCGGUCAUUGCAUUCCACAAGGGUUUAAGGUCCGGAGCUUUCGACAUCGCGCUUGAAAAAGCGAAUUGGGGAAGUAAUAAGGAGGGCAACAAGCACCUCCGGGUACGCUCAGAUUGGAAUAAGCGACGUGAUCACUACGUUGCUAAGGAGGGGAAUUGCAGGCAGGCAGACUAUGGUGGUCGAGCGAAGGGCGAGUGGACACGAAGCAACGAACAGGAAAAAUUCACCCCGCUCAACGUUCCCAGGAGGCACAUACUCCAUGACGUCAACAACACGUCACUUUUCGAGUUCCUGGCGACGACUGAUCGUCAGUUGGGUCCUUACAAGACCGACUGGUGUGAAUUUCAUCGGACCCAUGGACAUACUACGGAGAAUUGCUUUGUUCUUGGUAGGCAGAUUGAGCGUCUCAUCAAAAAGGGUCGCUUGAAGAAGUUCAUCACAGGUAAGCAUGAUGAAGGCUCGUCUGACAGACGACGCAGUCAUGAAGGGGAAGAUACGAGGGGAGGAAGACGCAAAGGGAGGUCUCCUCCGAGAGAUGUCCUAGAGAAGAGUUCAGAGACCCACCAGCAGGCUGUCCAUGGAGAUUUUAACACCAUAGCGGGGGGAUUCGCUGGAGGAGGUCUGACAUCAACAGCACGAAAGAGAUACUCUUGCUCGGUGCUGUCGGUCUCGGAGUGGGCGAGGCCGGCUCGACAGCCAUCACGUUCUCGGACGCCGACUUUGAAGGGGUGUCCCCUCAUGAGGACGACCCCAUAG